AUGCUUGAAUUCGAUGAGAGCCUAAGGGUAGGUGUCGAACCGAUUGAGACUGACGAUAUCUGCGCUGUUCUCGUGGAGAGAAGGAGCGGGGCUGGAGACCUGAUGAUUCAUGGCAAUAAAAGACUCGUAGCUAUCAUACCGGGACCGACCCAAACCGACGAGUACAUCAUCGUGGCCAUGAGGGUCAACGAAGACUGCAAGACAAACGGCAGUCCGUCUGACCAGAAGCUCGUGGAGACUGUUGAAAACAUGGAUUGUGGAUACCUCAGUCCUCCUCAUCAAGGAUCUUUCGACAUACUCGCUCGUAGUCAUGGGAACGCGUUGAAGAAGAGUGCAGUUGGAGAACAGUGA